AUGAAGGUCUUCGUUAGUCUUCUCCUUCUGGCCACUGUUGCCAUGGCUGCCGUCGAUACCACCAACGCCGGAUGCUCCCAGCCCGGGCAGUAUUGCAAUGGUGGCACUUUUCUGUGCUGCAAUAAUCGCCAGUGCGAUCUCAGCAAGAACGUGCUCAUACCCCAGAUUGUCAUCAACUAUCGACGACAUGAUACAGAGGGUCUUCAGGCCUCGAUGAUGCUCCUCUGGGCUGUGGCUGGAGUGCCCCUGGGAGUCUAUAACAUCGUCAAGGAUUUUAACAUUGCUCUGAGAAUUCAACCUCAGAUCCUGACUACGCUUAGCUUGGUGACAUGGGCCCAAUGUUUGUAUUAUGGAAAGAAAUAUCCUAUCUUCAAGUGUAUUGCCGCGGUGGCUCCGCUUCUAUCUGUUCUUGGAGGUGUCGAGGUGGGACUUGUGUAUGCUCUACGUGCAGCACAGAAUCACGAGCUUGAGUGGCCACUGAUCCUCAUGGCUGUUCUGAGUGCCGGUUUCCUGGCUGCCGGAGUACUUACCCACUACUGGGACAUCUACGUCCACCGGACAGUACGAGGCAUCAGCUUCCUCUUCGUGGGGAUCGAUGCUGCAGGGGAUUUAUUCUCUCUGGUCUCUUGUUCCAACCUAGUAUCGACAUUCUCGGUAUGGUGA